AUCUACUUCCAUCCCCUGCUGCAGACAGGGCUGCCAAAGAAAGGGAAAAGGGGAAAGUAUGGAGCAGUGUGACAGGAAGGAUGUUGUUUGUACCUGUAAAUCAGAUGUUCUUCUGGAAGCACCGAGUCAAUCUGUGCACCAUUCUCUCUGCAGGGGGAUGAAGUCCAGCUGGUCUGCCUCCCCCACAUGGGUGAAGACUUUGAGUCUGGGAUGCUGUGCAUGGCCAGUGGCUGGGGCAAGGUGUCUGAGGGGGGUUGGACCAGAUGGCCUGUAGGGAUCCCAUCCAACUCAAACAAUCCUUCCUACUCUGAAGGAAAAGCAGAAGACUACUCAAGCUGACACGUUCCUGGAUGGAUGCAGCCCUUCCAGUUGGGAGAGCUGCUGUUCAAGGCCCCCUUCCUUUGCUGGAGCUGUGCAGUCCCCAGGGCACGCUGAUCUUUGGAGAAAGUGGCCACGUUCAGGAGAACAGCUACCCUGACAACAGCCCGUGCAUGUGGAAUAUAACAGUACCGGAGGAGAAAAUGAUCCUGAUCUACUUCACCAAAUUAGAUGCAGAGUACCAUGUUGGAUGUGACUGUGACUUUGUGUCCCUCUACUCAAGCAGAAGAGAGCUGAUCAGUUCGGGCUGUGGGAGUGUUGCAACACAGGUGGAAAAGGGAAAGAUUGAUACUGCUAAUUGCCCUGGCUUGUAUCCCAGGAACAAGAAGUGCCACUGGCUCAUUGAGGCUCCAGCAGAGUAUGCUGUAAAGCUGGAGUUUGACGACUUUGCCGUUGAACUUAGCGCAGGCUGCAUUUACAGUUCAGUUGCUGUUUACACUGAUGAAGAAGAUGAAAAUCAGCUGGCUAAUCUCUGUGGAUUCUCAGCUCCCACACCAGUGCUGGGUCCAGGAAAUACUAUGCUGGUGCAUUUUGGAAGUGAUGGAGAGAUGGAGAGAACAGCUUCAGAGGAUUCAGAGCCCAGCUCACUUUUAUUCAUUCAGGUUAGUAGAGAGAUGCCCGCUAUGUCUAACAAUGUCUGCACCAUUUGCAUCUAUUCUUAGACAGCCAAGCUAUUUUUUAACCUAAUCCUGCAGCAUUAUGUCAAGAUAAUUUUAAAACAGAGUAGCUGCUUGUGGCAGAGCUGUCAGCCCUGAAUAAAGGAAAAGAUUUAAGGUUGUUUUUUUCUUAUGUCUCUCAGGGAAAUGAGAGACUAACUUCUAAUACCUGAAACAAACAGCCUUGUUAAUGUUAUUAUUCUGAUAACCCCCACUGUCAAUACAAGCUGGGGGAUGUAAGGAUGGAGCACAGCCCUGCCAAAAAGGACCUGGAAGCACUGGUGGAUGGCAAGUUGG